UACAUAAUUCUGAUCCCAAACCUUUGACUGGUUAAUAAAUAAAUAAAUAAUAUAUAUUUAAUUUGUUUUUAUGUAUGUAAUAUGUAGCAAACUAAAUGUUACUUUUAGAUAUAAAAAAGCUAACUAUAUAUAUCAUAAUAUAUUAUAAUACCUCAUAAUGCAGAAAGCUAAAUAACGGUAUAAUAAUCAUAAUAAUAUAAAAAAAAUUUUUUAAUUAUUAUUAUUUGCAGAAAUCUAAUAUCAUCACUAAAAUUGUGUAAUAAAAAUACUUCAUUGUUUUCAUUAAACAAUUUCUCAGUGCUGUUAUUACAUAUUUGUGACUAAAAUAAAAUCUAUAAAAUAUUGUAAACAUUUUUAUAUAAAAUAUAUUGUGAAAUUAGUAAUUAUAAAAAAAUAAUGUAAUUAUUAUUUUAAAAAAAACUUUUUGAUUAUUUUUUUUUUUGUUUGUUUAUGGUGUGUCCCAGACAUGUUUUUGACAGGAUUCAUGAGUUUUGAGGUUUGUCACACAACAGAUGUUUUACAGCAGACUGGAAGUGUCCUUAAUGUUCAGCUUUUAUAUGGAAAAGCUAGCCAGAACUUUAUGCAUAUCAAAGAUCAGUUUAAUUAGCAUUGCUAUGUAAUGUGGGAGCUUGAUUUGUAAAUGCAUUUAGAGAUAAUAUUGUAAAUAAAUGCAUUUAGAGAUAAUAAAUAUAUUGGAUUCAUUGACUGUUGAAGUGUAUUAUAGCAGCACUCCUGCAUCAUGAAGAUGUUUGUGAUCUAGUUUUCUGUUGUUCUGAUGAAAGUGAACCCAGUUCUCAGGUGUUUGUCUCAUGUUCGUGUGUCAGACCUGUGCUUGUCUUGUGAUGUUGUAAAGGCACCUGACCGUCCGUCACAUGACGCUUUACUGCAUCAGGCUCUUUUAAAGGAGCAAACUUCACUUUGUGUCACUUCAGUUUCAAAGACAGAGGAACAGAAUCUGAAGCUCAGGAUGUGGCGUGUGUGUUUCCUGUCCGCUCUGCUGUCCGUCACCUGCGGCCGGUCACAUGAUCACAUGAUCAGCUUCAUCAACACGGCCAACACCACGUGGACCGCAGGUGUGAACUUCCAGAACGUGAAGGAUGAACAUCUCAAGUCUCUCUGUGGGACGAUACUGAAAGGCCCACGACUGCCUGAUACGGUGAAACAUGUCUCUAACAUGAACCUUCCUGCCAGCUUCGACCCGAGGACGGAGUGGCCUUACUGUAAAACCCUCAGUCAGAUCCGGGAUCAGGGCUCGUGCGGCUCCUGCUGGGCGCUCGGUGCAGUCGAGGCCAUCUCUGAUCGUAUCUGCAUCCACAGCAAAGGGAAAGUGUCUGUGGAGAUCUCCGCUGAAGACCUGCUGUCCUGCUGCGAGGAGUGUGGCUUCGGAUGUUCUGGAGGUUUUGCGUCAGUAGCCUGGGAUUACUGGACCAAAUCUGGUCUGGUGACCGGAGGACUGUAUGGAUCUAACCAGGGAUGCAGACCGUACACUAUCUCUCCCUGCGAGCAUCACGUGAACGGGACACGGCCGCCGUGCUCCGGAGAACAGGACACACCUCAGUGUAACUCCGUCUGUAUUCCUCAGUACAGCGUCCCGUACAAACAAGACAAACACUUCGGAUAUAAAGCGUAUAACGUUCCCUCGGACCAGCAGCAGAUCAUGACGGAGCUUCAGAGCGGGGGUCCGGUGGAGGCGGCCUUCACCGUGUACGAGGACUUCCUGCUCUACAAGAGCGGUGUUUACCAGCACGUGACGGGCUCUGAACUGGGCGGACAUGCUGUGAAGGUGCUGGGAUGGGGAGAAGAGGACGGGACGCCCUACUGGCUGGUGGCUAACUCCUGGAACUCCGACUGGGGCGACAACGGUUAUUUUAAGAUCGUGAGAGGCCAGGAUGAAUGUGGGUUUGAGAGUGAGAUGGUGGCUGGCGUUCCUCAGCUCUGAACAUCAACACUGAAUCAUUUCAACACAAAUAAAACUCUGUCUGUGUCUCAUUACUGUGGUUGAUACAUCCUAAAAUUAUAGUCAACAAAUCAUUAAAAGCAAAACUCUCAUUGUGGUGAUGUGAAAAAUAAAGAUAUGUCAUUUACAUUUUA